UGCUUGGGUCCUUGAAUCUUGAUUGAGGUUGUGUAAUACUUAUUUAAUUAUUUAAACAUUUAAGGUUAGAGAAGUUGUGUGUUAGUCCUCUGAAUUAAUGGUGAUGAAUUUAUGUGUCGCGGCUUCAGAUGUAGUUUCAGGGUUGCUGAUUGGAAUACAGCAUUUAAUUUUUCUUCUGAUUUGGGCUUUGUGUCUUCUUGCAUUGUGAAGACUAAAGAACGAUUCAUGGCCACAACCCGUAACUAACACAGCAUGGCAGACAUGGAAGAACGAUUGGAGACCAAGCUGUCAGCACAGAUUGAUAAACAGAUAAUGCAACUUGCAGGCACGAUUCAAGAUUCCUUAUCUGAAGCAUUAUCACAGAAGAUGGAAGACCUAUUCAAGACCCGGUUUGAUUCAGGAAGUCACUCACCUUCCGUUAGCAAAAAUUCUAAUGGUGCCAGAGGCUCAAAUCAAUAUUCUUGUGGGACACGACUUGCAAGAAUUGAUUUUCCGAGGUUCAACGGUGAAAACAUCAAUCAAUGGAUGUACCAAUGCGAAAAUUGUUUCUUGAUUGAUGCCACACCUGAGGAUGUAAAGGUCUGGUUAGCAAUUGUUCACCUUGAAGGCAAAGCUUUACAGUGGCACACGGCAAUUUCCAAGAAUUUGGCAAAUCAACAACCGUCUUGGGAGGAGUAUACGAAGAUGUUGCAGGACCGAUUUGGAGAUGUUUGCGAUGAUCCCAUGGCAGAACUUAUGAAGUUAAGACAGGAGAAAGGGGUCAGCGAAUAUCAUGAGGCCUUCGAUGCAAUAAUUUCCAGAUUAGACUUUACAAAGGAGUACCGGCUAAGUUGCUUUUUGGGAGGACUCAAACACGAAAUCCAAAUGAUGGUACGCAUGUUUAGACCUGACAGUGUUCGGAGAGCAUUCUCAUUGGCAAAGAUGUAUGAGGCUUCCCAACCCCAGGGACCGGUGGCAAUUGCCUCAAAACCCUUCUCUUUGAAUUCAAGAAACAACAAGAACGUUAUGAAUUCAAGACCAUUGCUGCCCACAUCAACAGACCAAGUCAAGUAUAAUCAGCCAGAAUUCACCUCGAAUAAAGCAAAGCCUUACAGAAAUCUGACUCCAACCUACAUGGCUGAUAGGAGAUCAAAAGGACUGUGUUACUUCUGUGAUGAACCAUACUCACAGGCGCAUAACCUUACACACAAGAAGCUACAACUACAUGUUAUUGAAGUGGAAGAAGCAUCGAUUGACCCACCAUUCGAAGAAGAACUGCCUGAUUCAGACUCAGCUGACAUGGGUGAACCACAAAUUUCGGUACAUGCCUUGACAGGCAUCCCCAACUUCAAAAUUAUGUGAAUUACUGGUUACUACAACAAGAAACCCUUGCAUAUUCUUAUAGACAGUGGCAGUACACACAACUUCCUGGACGUCCACAUUGCCAAGAAGUUAGGUUGUCGAAUAGACAAUUUGGAGCCUAUGCAUGUUAUGGUAGCAGACGGCAGCAAGUUAAAUAUAGAUGGGUGGUCAAAGAUUUUAAAUGGACAAUACAACAAACAAUGUUUACAUCGGACAUGAUGUUAUUAUCGCUGGGAUGCUGUGAUUUAGUCUUGGGGAAUUGAAUGGCUUAUAACCUUGGUUGACAUCACAUGCAACUUUGAUAAAUUAAGUAUGCAGUUUUAUG